UUUUACUUUGAUUAUACAAUAAUGGCUUUGGCUGCUGAGAAUAUUCAGAAGGCUAUGAGUGUUUGGGAGAAAUUUUAUGUAAAUGCUGAGGACAAUGGAGCAAUUGUAUUGAGCAGAAUGUUCAAAGAGCACCCACAUACUGUGAGCUACUUCACAAACUUCAAAGAACUACAGUCCAUUGCAGGAACUGCCUCAGUUACAGAUCUUGAAGGCCUAUCAGAAGUCUGUGCCCAUGGCAAGAAAGUUUUGUCUGCUCUGAAUGACAUGGUUCAAAAAGUGGAAAACAUGGAUGUUUUAAAAGCUGUUAUCGAGCCUUUGGGCAAGAAGCAUGCUGUGGAACUUAAAGUGGAUGUGAAGGAAUUUGAUGCAAGUUACAUCGGAGUUAUGUAGCAAAUAAAAGUGGGA